CCAGCAGGGGGAGGCAGCAUUCCGGAUGCCCAGCUUGGUCUAGGAGGCAUUGAAAUUCCAGGGCCGAAGGCCUGAGACAAAGAUCAUAAUGAGACAGGAAGGUGGCAUAGGAAGGAUCCAUUUGCAUGACAAUAAUUGAGCCAAGAAUAGAAAGCUAGAGGGAUGCAAGGGUGAGGCUGGCAGCUGAGCCGGGCUAAACCUCACAAAUCAUACUACCCAGCUCUGCUCUGCAGGGGAGGCGGGGGCUCAGCCCUGUGCCAGGUUUUGGGGGUUGGGAGGAGUGGGGAGAAGGACAGGGCCCAGGGAAUUGUGGGAAUGCUGGCCAGGUUGGACUUUGCUUUACUCCUCCUCCUUCAGGCUGGAGCCCGCCUCUGCUUGCCUUCUCCUUUGUAUGUGGUCUCUGAGGCUGUAGCGCUAACUCAGUGGGCAGGAUGGCUGCUCAGAAAGAUCUCUAUGACGCCAUUGUGAUCGGGGCAGGCAUCCAGGGCUGCUUCACUGCGUACCACCUGGCCAAACACAGGAAGAGGGUCCUCCUGCUGGAGCAGUUCUUCCUCCCGCACUCCCGAGGAAGUUCCCAUGGGCAAAGCCGGAUAAUCCGAAGGGCGUACCCUGAAGACUUCUACACCCAGAUGAUGGCUGAGUGCUACCAGAUAUGGGCCCAGCUGGAGCAUGAGGCGGGAACCCAAUUAUACAGGCAGACUGGACUACUGCUGCUGGGAAUGAAGGAGAAUGCAGAAUUAAAGAUAAUCCAGGCUACUCUGUCUAGGCAGGGAGUGGAACACCAGUGUCUUCCAUCUGAGGAACUGAAGCAACGUUUCCCCAAUAUUCGGUUGGCCAGGGGAGAAGUGGGGCUCUUGGAAAAGUCUGGAGGAGUUCUCUAUGCUGACAAGGCGCUCAGAGCCCUUCAGGAUGCAAUUCGACAGCUAGGAGGCAUAGUGCAUGAUGGAGAGAAGGUGAUGGAGAUAAAACCAGGGCUACUGGUCGUGGUGAAAACCACCUCCAGGAGCUACCAAGCCAAGAGUUUGAUCAUCACAGCAGGUCCUUGGACCAACCGGCUCCUCCGUCCCCUGGGCAUUGAGCUGCCUCUCCAGACCCUGCGGAUCAACGUGUGUUACUGGCGAGAGAAGGUUCCCGGAAGCUAUGGUGUGUCCCAGGCCUUUCCAUGCUUCCUGGGCUUCGGCCUGGCUCCUUACCACAUCUAUGGGUUGCCCUCCGGAGAGUACCCAGGGCUGAUGAAGGUCUGCUAUCACCACGGCAACAAUGCAGAUCCUGAGGAGCGGGACUGCCCUGCAGCUUUCUCAGACAUCCAAGACGUCCACAUCCUGAGCUGCUUUGUCAGAGAUCACUUACCUAACUUAGAGCCUGAGCCUGCUGUUAUGGAGCACUGCAUGUACACGAACACCCCUGAUGAGCACUUCAUUCUUGAUCGACACCCAAAGUACGACAACAUUGUCAUUGGUGCUGGAUUCUCUGGGCAUGGGUUUAAGCUGUCCCCUGUUGUGGGGAAGAUCCUGUAUGAAUUAAGCAUGAAAUUAAUGCCAUCCUAUGACUUGACACCUUUUCGAAUCAGCCGCUUCCCCCGCCUGGGCAAAGCCCACAUUUGACUGGCCAGCUGCUUCCCUUCUGUGCACAGGAGCUCGGAACAAAGCCCUCUUCUGGGAAAGACUUCUCAGAGGAAGGAAGUGUCUGUGAGAUGUUAUCCUUUUUUCUUGCCCCUCUUCAGUUCCCCAUAAACACCAGCUGAUUGAAUUUACCUUCUUUCCCUAGCCAGCUCCCCAAUCCCACACUUUUUUUGCUUCAGAAGUUAAAUCAGAUAUUCUAUGAUCACAGAGUAGCAAGGACCUUGAAGCUGGAUGUCUCAAUAAGGAGGGGGCAUAAGGACUGGCUCAGGAGACCAAAGCAGUUGUUAAAAUUCUCUUCACGGGGGGCAUUUGACGAAUUUGGGAUAGAUUUGACUAAGGCUGCCUGGGGGAGAGUAAAUAAGAUGAUCUGUAGACCACUAAGGCCCUUGGCAUUCCUGUUCAUAAAACUAGAGCCACCCUGUAUCACAAACUCCUGUAAAAUUUGGCUCAUCUUGGGUGCACAGUAAAUGUUUGUUGCAAAAAAUGUGUUGAACAAACAGAUAAGUAAAUGACUGCAUUGCAUGAAAGCCUGUGGUGGGCUUUAUUUUCCAUGUGACCUUAUUUCUUAUAGACUUUAACUGUCUAAAUUAGCACCACAGAAUCCAUUACCCCAGGACUCCUUGGGGUCUUUAUCCCCUCAGUGCACCACACCCUCUUUCUCUGGAUUCUUUGUUUGGUUCUCAUCCUCUCUCUGGUUCUAUAAAGAUGCUCAGCUCCCCAGUCUCUCAUUAAGGUGUAUUGUCAGGUCUUUAUGAAGAUGGAGCUGUUCUACCAGAAAGGAAGAGAGAGACACACUCGCUUAGAAACCCUGUUCAAUGUUUGAAUGUUAAAUGUGCCAUUUUAUUAUCAUUAGGAUUGCUCCCACUUAAUGAAACGGCAUUAACACCCAGUCGGCUGGCCUCCUUGCACUAAUUGCUUUGGAAGGAAACAGGCUCAUAACUGCCCCAGGGUGGGUGGAGGGGUGAGAGGUGUAAAUAGAGACUCAAGCAAGGCUGAGUGCACUCAGAUGAAACCCAAGCAGGAGCAUUUCUAGACAGGGCCAGUUUGACCCAAAAGAACAGGAGUUAAAGUGCUCUGGGGAGAAAAAAACUGGGACUGGGUGGGGUGGAAAUGUUCGAAGGAAUCGCUGAGAGGGGAAGAGUGGGAAAUGGAAAUAAGAGUAAAAAUAUUCCCAAAGGAAAUAACAACACAGAGGAAAUUACUCUUCAAUUGCCUUAUAGGCCUAGGCACAUGGAUUAGUACUGAUUUCUCCUGGGAAUUAUAAAAGCCAGCCAAUCCUGUCAACCCCACGCCAAGUCUGCUUCUUGGGUGCUCUCACUUAGUUCCCCGAACCACAGCCUCUGUAAAGUGGGAAUAAUCCUAUCUGUAAAACGGGAAUAAUACUAUUGAUACAUUCCAUGGAUCAACCUUGAAGACAUAAUGCUAAAUAAAAUAAUCCAGACAUAAAA